AAAAAUAAUCUUGCCCAAAAAUUAAAAAAAUGCUUUCUGUUUGCCAUAAAUCUGCAGAACGCAGGCAAUUCGAAUGUGAUAAAAUAUUUGACUCGAAAACUACCAAAAAUGGCACAAUCAACUCUCCAUUAUACUCGGAAUCUGGAUUUUUAACGUGUCGAUACGAAUUCAAAGCAGAUGAACUUGAAAGAGUACAGAUCAAAUUCUUCGAGUUCAGCUUACCGAAACAAGCAAAUCGAAGUGAUUGUGAGAAUGCUGAUAUUUUGCAAUUAUUUCUGCCUCAACGUAGCAGAUAUGAGCUUGAGGAUACGUUUUGUGGUUCAAUUAUUCCAAAACCUAUCAUGUCUGAUGGAUCGAUGAUGUUACUCAAAUAUAUGAGCAGACGAAUUGGCAAAGGUACACGUGGCUUCAAGGCUGAAUACAGAUUUGUAAAAAAUUUUGGCAUCACAACUGGGGAACAAAUGUCAACACACUGCGUUUUUGCAUACAACAGUUCGGUUGAUAAAACUGGUUGGUUUACGUCUCCAAACUUUCCAGGUUUCUAUCCAAAAAAUCUGAAAUGCAAUUAUUACUUUUUUGGACAGCCGGGAGAACGGGUAAACAUACGGUUUACGUUUUUCGAUGUGGAAGGAAUUUACCCGUGUGAAGACUCUACGGCAAGUGAUUAUGUAGAAUUUUCUAAUUUCAUGAGCACAGAUCGAAAAUUUGCCAAAAUGUGCGGAAAGAAAAAUGAAAUCAAUGUACGUUCAGAUGGACGAUUCUUUCGAAUAUCAUUUCAUGCAAAUGAUCGAUUUGAUAAGACAGGUUUUCGUGCUUCAUAUGAAUUCGAAACAAAAAUGGUUACCACAGAGAAUACCUCGCUGAAAAGUUCACCAUCAAGAGGUUCUACAAUUAAACUAACAAGUCUUUUAUCGUCAAUGGUGUAUCUACUUCUAUCAAAAACUCGUUGCAGUAUUUUAUUAAGGAAACUCUGACAAGUACUUCCGAAAAUCUAAGGCUCUAGGUUUCAAAGUAAAAUAAGAUAGUGAUUAAUUUAGAAAAAAAAAAAUGAUACGUUUAAA